GCCGAGUUGAGUGGACGUCUGUGGUCGCGCUCUCCUCCCCUUCCUCAAAGUCAAGCUUCUGCCGUGAACAACUAGGAGCAUUACCGCAAGCACGGGAGCAUCCAAGUUGGUGCUGCUCCCCACGGGGAUCCGCAGCCACUUCGGCUGAAGGGCUCUGACAGCCCAGCAAUUUCUUCCCCCCGCGCACUUCGCUCACGGGGGUCGACUCAUUGCCAGGAGCGUCUCGCGCAUUCUCUUCAAAGCGCGGUCGCUCCGUCUCUAUCUGACCGUGAACCCGAAUCGCCGAAGAAUAACAUCAUGGCCGCAUACUAUUACCAGGACGCCGCGGCCGCCGCGCACUAUGGCCCCUGCCCGAUCGGCGUCCCGCCCUGGGUGCCAUCCUACGUUGCCGGCGGCGCGCCGGCAGCGACCGCGGCCGCCCAGCCGCCGUCGCGAGAGGUCCCGCCCCACGGGAGAGAGGGCGACAAGAAGAGCCCCGAGGAGAUGGCGAACGACCUGCUGAGCAAGCUGGACGAGCAGUCCAUGUGGAAGCUGGCCAAGGAGCUGCUCGACCUCGGCCUGGUGCGCGUGGCGAAGAUGGAGGCCGUGGGCAUGGACGCGGAGGGCAGUGAGGGCGAGGACGGCAGGGUCGGCGCCGCCGGCCAGUCCCCGCCGCCGCGGUACUUCACCGGCCCGCCCCCGCCAGGCUCCGCCGCCGCGGCCGCUCCGCCGCUUCUGGCGAUGCCCCCGCCCCCGGACGAGUGGGGCUCGGUGCCGCAGGAGUGCCAGGUGCAGUAUCCUUCGACCGACCCCUAUACCCCUCAUCCCCAUCCCCAUCCAGACCCCCACCACCAGAGCACCCCGGUUGGGGAUAUGCCCUUCGAAGCCCGGAAGGGACAGCCUAGGUCCCCAUCUAGGGGGCUACAUCGGCCAGUCGGGCACAGGCCACGUCCAUGGGGACAGGGGUCGGUCAAGCGGUGCUCACAGUUGCAGAUGCUGCACGCGAUGCAGGAGCAUGCCUCCUACGCCUCGCGGGUGCUCGGCGGCCCGGUGCCACCGAUGGCCGCCGCUCCCUGGGACCUCGUGCCGCCCAUGCAGGGCAUGCCGCUGCCCCCCCCCGCGGCGAUGCCCGCGUGGCCAGCCGACCACGCGCCCAGCCUCAGGCAGCCGCGGGCGCAGAUCCAGCUCGCGAAGCAGCUGCCCCCCCAGGCCAAAGAGGCCGGGCGCCGGAGCCAGCAGAGGGUGGAGGUGGACGACGAGGACCACGAGGGCGCUCAGGAGGGCCAGGGCCCUCUGGUCGACGAGGCGACCGCGACGACCAUGAUCCUCCGGAACCUGCCCCCGACGUUCACGCAGCAGGGUACGCAGGAGUGGCUGGACGAAAAGGGCUACAAGGGCAAGUACGACUUCGCGCUCUUCUUCCCGGCGCGGAAGACAUCCCGCCUCAGCAUAUUCCCGUACGCGUUCGUCAAUUUCCUCACGCUGGAGCUCGCCCAGGAGUUCAAGGGCCAGUUCCACCUGUCUCGUUUCUCGGGCGAGCCCUGCAGUGAGGUGGUCGAGGACAACGGCAAGCAGGCACCGCCGCUGAGCGUCGUUGCGGCCCGCAGGCAGGGCUUUUCGGAGAACUACGUGCGCUUCUCCCACCUGCUCGACGACACCAGAAGCACUCAGUGCAGGCCCUUCUUCGCGGACGAGUCGAUCAAGUGCCUCUCGAAGGACGAGUUGGAGGCGGCGCAGAAGCAGGCCCAGCAGGUGGCCGCGGAGAACCUGGCCUCUGAGGCGCCCUGCACCACCUUCAUCGUGAGGAACCUGCCACUGGCGCUUUCGGACCAGGAUGCCGCGCGGGAGUGGCUCGACAGCAAGGGCUUCAAGGGGGAGUACGACUUCUUCAUCUGGUUCCCCGAGAAGAAGCAGCGCAAGGCGGCCUUCGCGGCCGACGCCGCCGAGCAGCCCCAAGGGAUGGGGUACUUCUUCGUCAACUUCAAGGACGCCGCUGCGGGCCAGAAGUGCAAGGACGACCUCGACGGUCAGCAGUUCGACGAUUCGGGCGAGCGCCUCAACGUGGUCGCCGCGCGGAAGCAGGGGCUCGACGAGCUCCUGCGGCACUUCGGGAACCUCGGCGAAGGCGGGCGCGUGGCCCCGUGGGUGGCGACCGACCGCGCCGACCGGUCAUCGGCCCAGGCGUCGUGCCAAUGAUGUAAUUACACUGCCGGGCAGAAACAUCC